UUCUUAUCUGUCAAUUUGACAGCAGUAAAUUGCGAUUAUAGAAUUUUGUAGAACGAGAUUCCCGUGAAAAUGGCUGCGAUUCUGCAAAGGGCCGCUCUGAACUACCUGAGGAACCAGGCUCGCGCCUCCUCGCACUCUGCGACCGCUGGUGGUCAUGGAGGUGGCCAUGCCCUGUGGAAGAAGAUGUCGUUCUUCGUGGGCUUCCCGGCCGUGGGUCUGGGUAUGCUGAACGCGUACUUGGGUCAUCAGGAGGGGCAUCAUGAGCCUCCGCCAUUCGUCCCCUAUGAAUACCUUCGCGUCCGCACAAAGAGGUUCCCAUGGGGUGAUGGCCAGAAGUCCCUUUUCCACAACCCCCAUGUCAACGCCCUGCCCAGUGGCUACGAGCACUGAACAUUCAACAAUGUAACUGAAACUGUGCAUGAGCACAUUAUUAGAAAAUUAAUUGUGAUAAGUCAUUAAAGUAAAAGUCAUAAAAAGUA